AAUGGAAUAAAGUUUAUUCAUUUCAUAAUAAGAAAUAGAACAAGUAACUAAAUAAAACACUAUUAACAUUAAUGUAGGUGUUUUAGGACAUAUUGAUUCUGGUAAGACUUCUUUGGUUAAAACAUUAUCUAAAGUAAAUUAUAUAUUUAGGAUUAGAUAACAUCAACAGCAUCUUUAGAUAAGAACCCUUAGAGUUAAGAAAGGGGAAUUACAUUAGAUUUAGGAUUCAGUGCAUUUUAUACUCGCAAUCCAAAUGAAUAAGGAAAGUAUUUACAAUAAAUCAUUUAAGAUAUUUCUAAUUUACAUUAGUUGAUUGUCCUGGACAUGCAUCACUUAUAAAGACCAUUAUAGGAGGAGCUUAAAUAAUUGAUAUGAUGUUUUUAGUAAUUGAUGUGACAAAAGGCAUUUAAACAUAAACAGCUGAAUGUUUAGUUAUUGGUGAAAUUUUGGCAGACAAAUUAAUUGUGGUUUUGAACAAAAUAGAUUUAGCAACAGAAGAAGUAAUUAAUAAACAAAAGAAAAUUAUUACUAAUGUUCUUUCAAAAACUAAGUUUGGGAAUUAAGUACCAUUGGUUCCAGUGUCAGCAAUGUAAUCACUAGGAAUAGAGGAUUUAUUAAGAAUUCUACUUUAAAAUAUCAUUAUUCCAAAUAGAUAAGCUUAAUUAAAUAAAGGAUUACUGUUUAUGAUUGAUCAUUGCUUUUAAAUUAAAGGAUAAGGAACUGUUACUACAGGUACAAUUAUUUAAGGUUCAAUGAAACCAAAUGAUGAAGUAUUUUUUCCAAUGUUGAAUUUGAAUAAAAAAAUAAAAAGUUUAUAAAUGUUUAAGAAACCAGUUUAAAUAGGAGAACCUGGAGAUAGAAUAGCUGCCUUAUUUACUAAUUUAGAUGCCAAGGAGAUUGAAAGAGGAAUUGUUUGUCAACCUGGAAUCGUUUCAUUAUUAGAAAAUAUAGUGAUUGAUUUUAAGAAAAUUAGUUAUUAUAAAGGAUAACUCAAAUCUUAAAAUAAAUUUCAUGUCACUUCUGGUCAUUUAACAGUAAUGGGACAAUUGAAAUUGAUGAUAAGACCUAAAAAUUUAUAAUUAGAAUUAAAUAGCGAGGGGGAAUAUCUUGAAGAUUAUGAAGGUAAUUAAGAUAUAUUAUAUAUUUUAGAUUAUGUUAAACUUUAAGAAAAAUAUAAUUUGUAUGGUGUAUUAUAAUUAGAAAAACCAUUGAUUGCAUCUAUGAAUUCAUUAGUUAUUGCUUCUAAAUUAGAUACUGAUUUAGAAGCUAAUAUAUGUAGAAUUGCUUUUUAUGGAAAUAUUUUGUAUUCUUAUACAGCUUAAUAAAUAUUUUAAUAAAAUUACAUAAGAAUAUUUAGAAAGAAGACUAAAAAUGGAAAAGUAGAGAAGGUGAUUGAUAAUUACACUUUGCUUAUUAAAGAUUUAUUUAAGAAAGAAACUAAUAUAGGUAAUUAUAUAGGAAAAAUGAUUAUAAUUAAGUAAGGAAACAUUUAAGGGAAAAUUGAUAGUGCAUUUGGAAAAAGUGGCAAGGUUAAAGUGUUUGUUGAAUCAGGAACGAAUUAGGAUAUGACUAAUAGUGAUGUGGUUAUGAUUUAUAAAAAAUAUUUAUUUCAUAAAUGA